AGUGAAAUCAAAUGAAAGAAAGAGAUCGAGAGAAUCAUGGAAAUGGACAGCAAACAUCACAUUGCUUUUUACAGAGACCAGUCAUUGUGGCAAUCUUAUGUAAAUGUAGUCGAUGGUGCCCUACAAUUGAAUAUAAAAAAGUGGACAGGAGGCCAGCUUAAAAUGGAUAGAGAAGAGGAUAAAGAGGAAAAGUUUCAGUCCGACGGUUUUGACUUGACUGGACAUGGAGAGACGCUGGAUUGUGCAAUUGACUUUGAUAUCCAGUUCAGAUAUUCUGGGACAACUAAAUUGGAAGAUCCCAAGGUCUGGGAGGGGUCCUCAGAAUUCAGACCGUGGAUGGUACAAAUGUGUGUAAACAAUGAAGAUCCUUCAUCCCUACUCUUAGCACUAGAGAUGGAGGGAAUGACUUUUAGGGAACUUCAAGUAAAGGGUAUAUGGAAGUUGAAUGUACAGUUGACCAUAACAUCAAAGUAUGCAAAACGUUUACUGUUAAUGAAGUCAACAGCAAAGGGUAUUAAAACAGGGUCUGCAGGAGAAAUACUAGGCUCUGAGGCAGUGGAAAAAGAGAAAGACGACAAUCAAUUCAGUGGUCUUGAUACAUCAUUUGAUCCAGGGACAGCAUUAGGACUGAAGCCCUCGACGGCACAUGAUCUGUCAUCUGGUCCAGCAGAAUUGAAUCCAUUUACUGGCUGUCUUGUUUCACCUGAUCUAGAAAAGAAAACUCUGUCUUGUGGCCCUGGUGGGAAAUCUGGUGUAGGAAGAAAGUUCAAGAAAAUGAGUCAUGCAGGUAUGGUUGACCAAUUUUUGUGAGAAUUGGUGAGAUUUUCAUUUUUUU